CUUCCCUGGCUUAAGUGCAGUUUUGCUGGGCUUUUGUUCCGUCUGUGAAUAGUUCUCACUGGACGCCAAGGCACAGUGACUCAGUAACAGGAGCCCAUCACCCAGCGACCGGUGCUCCCGCCGCCAGAAUCACCACGGAGACAGGGCUGCGUGGUGAGUGCUGCGCUGAGCCGCUCACGCCAGCCUUGCCCCGGCCGGCCCAUGGCCCGUGAGGAGCAGUGCCGGGAGGGCCUGGCGUACGACCGGAUGCCCCCGCUGGAGCGCGGGAGGCCGGACGCCGCGGGCUACGCCCCGGACACCAAGCCCGGCGACCUUCAGCUGUCGUCGAGGCUGCCCCCGUGCUUCAGCCGCAAGACGUGGGUCUUCUCUGUGCUGGUGGGGAGCUGCCUGCUCGUGACCUCGGGGUUUUCUCUCUACCUGGGAAACGUGUUUCCUCUGGAGAUGGACUACCUACGCUGUGCUGCGGGCUCGUGCAUCCCUUCAGCCAUCGUGAGCUUCGCUGUCUCGAAGAGAAAUGUUAGCGCGAUCCCCAGCUUCCAGAUACUGUUCGUGUCCACGUUCGCGGUCACCACCACCUGCCUGAUCUGGUUCGGCUGUAAGCUUGUCCUGAACCCGUCAGCAGUAGAUAUCAACUUCAAUCUGAUUCUGCUGCUUCUGCUGGAGCUCUUCAUGGCGGCCACAGUGAUCAUCUCUGCACGGUCCAGUGAGGCGCACUGCAAGCAGAAGGGUUCCAUCUCUGACAGCACCAACAUUCUGUGUGAAGUGACAUUUCCUGCUCGGGUCCUGAAAUCCUACUCUGUCAUCGAGGUGAUCGCAGGGGUCUCCGCCAUCCUCGGAGGGGUCAUUGCUCUGAACGUGGAUGACGCCGUCUCGGGCCCGCACCUCUCGGUUACGUUCUUCUGGAUCUUAGUGGCCUGUUUCCCAAGCGCCAUCGCCAGUCACGUGACGGCGGAGUGUCCCAGCAGGCCUCUGGUGGAGGUGCUGAUCGCCGUCUGCAGCCUGGCGGCCCCGCUGCUGUUCACGGCCUCUGGGUACCUGUCCUUCAGCAUCAUGAGAAUCAUGGACGUUUUCAAAGACUACCCACCAGCCUUCAAGCAAUCCUACGACGCGCUGCUGCUAAUGCUGAUGCUGGAGCUGCUGCUGCAGGCGGGCCUCAACACAGCCACGGUCAUCCAGUGUGUGCGCUUCAAGGUGGGCGCGUCCUGGGACGCCGCGGGCGCCCUGCCCAGCCCGCAGGAGCGCCCGGUGGCCGGGGAGUUGCAGGUGGCCAGAAGCCCCCUGAAGGAGUUCGACAAGGAGAAAGCGUGGAGAGCCGUCGUGGUGCAGAUGGCCCAGUGACCACACACGGGCCGCCAAGGCCCAGGGCCCACGCCCCGGCACCCUAACACCCAGACGCUAGUUGCCCCCGAGCUGCAACCCCAGCCCGCCCCUCCCCUUUCCUGCGGAGGGCCAGGUUCAAGGUGGAGUUUUCUCAUUUCUUGUGGUUUAAUUGUGAAAUAGGCAAAUGUUGACUGCUUUGUGCUUAUUGAGGGGUGAUCAUUUCAGUGCUGCUGAGGUGGCCUGACCAUAGGAGCCGCGGCACGGGGGCCCCUGGUGAGGAAGGGCCAGGCCGGAGCCGAACCCUGCCGGCGCUGAUCACUGGGCAGCCCCGGGCCCCAGGCUGCCGGCAUGCUCGCCUGCACCGUGCUCGGCCUCCCUGCCCUGCUUUGAUUUGCACCUGCUGUGUGCUCAGCCCUGCAUCCCUGCAUGGACCUUACCCAUCUCCACACUUCUAUCCUCCAGGCGAGGGGGGCAGCCUGCCAAGCCUCGAUUUCCCCCGGAGCGGGCGGAGCUGCUUCCUGCCUGCCCCAGAGCCUGCAGAGCCCUCAGAGCUGCAGGCGCCGGCAGCCCCCACUCGACCCGCAGUGUCCCCGUGUGAAACCCACAGGCCUGUAUUUCUGACCUCUUUUUACACUUAACCCCAGUGUUUCUGGAAGGGCCCUCAUCCAUGUUGGGCUGUCCGCACGGCCAGUAGAGACCCAGCUCAGUGGUAGUCAGCGCGCUCUUGUCCUGAAGCCUCUGUCAACACAGAAGUCCACCCUGAUCGCUGUGGCAGCUCAGUGUCCUCCGGAUGGGCCACGGCUGUGGCUGAGCCUGUCCACAGCUCUGAAAAUGGACAGGCCACAUCUGCAUGCCUUGAUGGCCUCGUGUCCCCGGCAGGCCGGGCAGACACAGGCCUUGGUCAAGUCCCCAAACAAGCACGGGAGCAUUGAGGGGCUGUCUGCACACAAGCAGACCACACCCACCCACGUGCAGCCCGUGGGGGCCAACUCCCCCUCCCAGCUCCUCAGGCUGGGUGAAAGCCACGGGGGUAGCGCAGGUGACAGGGAUGUCUCUAGGAGGCCAGGAAGUUGGAGCCUGACAGCUGGAGUGAGUGCCUGGGGCUACACAGGCACUUCUAACUUCAGAGACAGCGCAAAGCAUUCACACAAGUGGGGUUUUAAACUGCAUAGUCCUGUCUCUGUCAAUUUACAUUUUUGUGUGAUAUAAUUUAAUACUGCCUGAGCAAUAAAUGCUAACAUGUCA